GCCUUCCCACAUCUUGGAGGUCCCUUGGGCUGCUCGGUAUGUGUUCCUUCCCCUUCCCCCAAGGACAGUUUUGGUUCAGAAAGGAAUGAGGCUUUGCCUAAUUCUCUCUCUCUCUCUCUCUCUCUCUCUCUCUCUCUCUCUCUCCCCUCCUUUUUAUUUUUCCUUCCUGCAAUGCCUUGACCUUGCUCUCCUUCUGUAUCUGGGCCCAUUUGUUCAUUGCAGUACCAGCUCCUGUCCAUUAUUAAUUGGCUCCUUAAUUGAAGCCACCCCAGCAGUUUCCAUGAGGUUAGUCCAGAGCUGACUUCUCCCGAGCAGGCUGUCUGGUUUUAAUCAAAACCAAAUGAAAGUCCACGCUCCCAGCCCGGAGCCGCUCCUUCCUUCAGAGGAAGUCAUUCGGAGGAGGCACAAGCAAGCCGGAGGAGAGAGAUAGACGAGCCCGUCCCCAAAAGGGGCUCUGGGCACUGCCAGGGGCUGCUGCUGGGGCAGGAAUUGGACCAGGCCCUCCCUGAAGCCCCAGAGACUCUAGUCGGCAGGGCUUCAUCUGUCAAUAAAAGCCACCUAGGCUCAGGAUGAUGGGGACAUCUCCUUUUCCGCAGAUGGCUGGGUGCGACUCCAGUGGCCCCCCACCCAAGAUGUGGAAGUGAUGAGAACUCUUCUCCUCUUCUGAUGCCUUAGAAGACCUAACCACACCUCCUUGGGUGCCCCUUGGAUUAGAAAUAUCAGGGUCCCCUGUUGGACUGCAGGGACAUGUCUGUGGCAGUCAGGAAGCGGAGCUGGGAAGAGCAUGUCACCCAGCGGAUGGGAUUGCUCCUUCAUCCGGAUGCUCCAACCCCAACAUGUCACCAUGGGCUGGUAGCUGACAGCUUGCCCAAGAGCAUGGAAAAGGAAGGUGCCCUGACUGGGGGCCACCACCAGAAGUGGGCGUCCCUGCCAGAUUGCUGCCAGGCCUCAGAGCUGUCCAGCUGCCCUGAGCAGCUCCUGGGAAAUGUUUCAAGGGAACUGGAUGGGAAUGACACUUAUGAUGGGGAGGAGGGCCUCCUUUCCCUGGAGGCCAGCACAGAAACUCUGGUCCACAUCUCUGACGAGGACGGUGAUGCAGAGACAAAACUGGGUGCUGUGAACCACUGGACAAGCGGAGACAGGGAAACAGCAGGUCAGUGGAGACUGAAUGGGACAGGUACCUUUGUGAAGAUGCUACCAGGCACUGAGGAGGAUCAGGGGUCACCAAUCUCUUUGGGGUCCUUGGGGAAAGCCAGUGAACCUGAUCAUGAAUCUGUUCUUAUGGAGGAGAGUAGAAAGGAAGAAGACUGGGACCUUAAUGGAGACAACCAGGAACUUGGCAGCCACUUCACAGUAAGUCAAGUCAGAGAGGCUUCCAAAGCAGAUCUCUCAAAGACUCUGAGUGCAAAUGAAAUUCUGCCUGAGAAACAGCUGCUCCAUUCUGCUGUGAUUGCACAGCAACGGAGAAAAUAUGCUGACACCAUCAAAGACAGGAAUGAGAGGCAUGCUGGUGAGGCUCUACAGGAUGGGUCCUCUGCCUCUCACUGUGCUGGGAGAGUGCAACCACAAUCAGAAGACUCCGAAAGCUGCUUUGGGGAUCCUCCCUGUUGUUUCCACCCUCUGGACAAAAGUGGAGUCAUACACUCCCACAGUGUCCCUCAAAACAAACAUACCCCAGAUUCUGGCUCCAGAGAGGGCGUGUCCUUGGAACAUGGAACACCUCCCAUGACCACUGGGGAACUGUGUGGUGGGCAAGUCAUUCUUCGAGAAAAAAAGGAGGUGAGAGAAGAUCGAGGGCGAGGGCGGCUUGACUCCAUGGCCCUGCUCAUCAUGAAACUGGACCAGCUGGACCGAGACAUUGAGAAUGCCCUCAGUACCAGCCCCUCUCCGGCCAGCUCCCAGGUGCACCAGCCGCAGCAAAGGCCCGUUCCUGAUGAGAAGUCAAGAGAGGAGAGUGGAGAGAAUGACGGGCCAGUAAAUCAGGACCAAGUGGAUUUACCUCCCAACCUGGAGGAUGUGGCCCUAGGGGCUGCUCCAGCCUCUGUGUCCCCUGCAGUCAGCUCUGCAACCAAACCCAAGGUAUCGGCCACACCCAGUGCUUUGGAGAGGGGGAAAGCUGAAAUCGAGGCCAAAGAAGCUUGUGACUGGCUGCGGGCAGCCGGCUUCCCUCAGUAUGCCCAGCUAUAUGAAGAUUUCUUAUUUCCCAUUGACAUCACUCUGGUCAAGAGAGAGCAUGACUUCUUGGACCGAGAUUCCAUUGAGGCCUUAUAUCGGCGCUUGAACACGUUAAAUAAGUGUGCAGUAAUGAAGCUGGAGAUCAGCCCCCACAGGAAGCGGAGCGAGGACUCGGAUGAGGAUGAGCCGUGCGCUAUCAGCAGCAAGUGGACAUUCCAGAGGGACAGCAAGAGAUGGUCCAGGAUGGAUGAGUUUGACGUCUUCCCUCCCACGCCCGGCCUGACUGCCGGGGCACUAGGGAACCAGGCCCUCGCCAGUACUGCUAGUCGAGAAAGCCUGCUGACCAACCUGAGCGAGGGCCAGGAGCUGGCCUCCAUCCGCAGUCUCAGCAGCACCAGCAGCCUCCCAACUGAGCCUGGCAUGCCCCGGGCAAACUCUGUGGUGAGUGUCUGCUCCUCAGGUCCCCGGGAGGACGGUUCCCUGCCCUCCCCCACAGAGCUGCCGAGCGUCAGCACCAAAGCCCAGGGGCAGCUGGCCAAGGCCAAGCCAAGAGGCCUGCUCAAGAGGAUGGAGAGUCUGAAGCUCCGGCGUUCCCACACUGGCAGGCCCAAGGCAGCCCCCCCAAAGCUGGGCCUGGUCAUCAGUGGCCCCGUCCUGCAGGAGGGGGCGGUCCAGGAGAAGCUGAGGCAUCUGCACUGUGUGGAGAUCUCCAGCCUGGGUAGUGGCCACUUUGGGGUCCCCAGUGUCCACAAGAGAACCGUCUCCAACUCCACCCAGACCAGCAGCAGCAGCAGCAGCAGCCAGUCAGAGAGCGGCAGCACCGUCAGCACCCCAAGCCCCGUGACCCGGACCCGCAGCCUCAGCACCUGCAAGAAGAGGGGUGGCAUGUACCUGGAAGGCUUCGACCCCUUUGACCAGGUGGCCUUCAACAGCGUCCUCGAGCAGAACUAUAGGAACCGUGACAGUUGCCCAGAGGACACGAUAUUCUACAUUCCUGAGGACCACAAGCCGGGCACCUUCCCCAAGGCCCUCUCCAAUGGCCGCUUCCCUCCCCUGGGUAACGAAGGCUCUGCAGCCAACUGGAGGGCGGGGAGCUUCCACAGCCAAGGCCGAGAGGAUGCCAAGGGGCUGCGGCGGCGCAAUUCCUCCUGCUCCAUGAGCAGCCGCCUCAGCGUCUAUGACAACGUGCCCGGCUCCAGCCUGUACUCCAGCUCCGCGGACCUCGCUGACCUCGAGCAGGAGGACAUCUUCCCCGAGCUGGACCAUAUCUUGUACCAUGUGAAAGGAAUGCAGAGGAUUGUCAACCAGUGGUCAGAGAAGUUCUCUGACGAGGGGGACUCUGAUUCUGCACUGGACUCGGUCUCCCCCUGCCCGUCUUCCCCAAAGCAGACCCACCUCCAGGGCGACAAUGACCGCACCUCACCCAGUGACCUCGACAGCGUGGGCAACUCUCUGAAUGAGCCCGAAGAGCCCUUGGACAUCCAGGAAAGGAGGGACUCUGGCGUGGGUGCAUCACUGACCCGCUCCAACAGGCCCCGGCUAAGCUGGCAGAGCUCCCAGCGACCUAGCGCAAGCUCCACCGUGCCACAGAUCAGCUGCCAGUCUGUGGCUCAGAUGAACUUGCUGCAGAAGUAUUCACUCCUCAAGCUGACGGCCUUGCUGGAGAGGCACACACCAUCCAACAAGCAUGGCUUUAGCUGGGCAGUGCCCAAGUUCAUGAAAAGGCUUAAGGUCCCAGACUACAAGGACCGAAGUGUGUUUGGGGUCCCGCUCUCCAUCAACGUGCAGCGGACGGGUCAGCCGCUUCCCCAGAGCAUCCAGCAGGCCAUGGGCUACCUGCACAGCCAGUGCUUGGAUCAGGUGGGGCUCUUCAGAAAGUCGGGCGUCAAGUCCAGGAUCCAGGCUUUACGCCAGAUGAAUGAGAGCUCCAUGGCGCAUGUGAGCUACGACGGGCAGUCUGCGUACGAUGUGGCCGACAUGCUGAAGCAGUACUUCCGAGACCUUCCCGAGCCACUGAUGACGAACAAGCUUUCGGAGACCUUCCUGCAGAUAUACCAGUAUGUGCCCAAGGAGCAGCGUCUCCAGGCCAUCCAGGCUGCCGUCAUGCUGCUGCCGGACGAGAACAGGGAGGUCCUUCAGACCCUGCUCUGUUUCCUCAGCGAGGUCACCGCUGCUGUGAAGGAAAACCAGAUGACGCCCACCAACCUCGCUGUGUGCUUAGCGCCUUCCCUCUUCCACCUCAACACCCUUAAAAGGGAAAAUUCUUCUCCCAGGGUGAUGCAGAGAAAGCAGAGUCUGGGGAAACCUGACCAGAAGGAUCUCAAUGAAAACCUGGCAGCGACGCAAGGCCUGGCGCACAUGAUCGCGGAAUGCCACAAGCUCUUCCAGGUCCCUGAGGAAAUGAGCCGCUGUCGGAACUCAUACUCGGAGCAAGAGCUGCGGCCGCUGAGCCUGGAGGCCUUGGGCCGCCUGAGUGGCCAGGACACCGACUAUCGGCACUUCCUCCAGGACUGCGUGGACAGCCUGUUUAAAGAGAUCAAGGACAAAUUCAAAGGCUGGGUCAGCCACCCGACCUCGGAGCAGGCCGAGCUGGCGUACAAGAAGGUGAGUGAAGGACCCCCACUUCGACUGUGGAAGUCAACAAUCGAGGUCCCUGCCAAAGCUGAGGAUGUCUUAAACCGACUUCUGAAGGAGCAGCACAUUUGGGAUCCGGACCUCUUGGAUGCCAAAGUGAUUGAAGUCCUGGACAGCCAGACCGAAAUCUACCAGUUUGUCCGGAAUAGUAUGGUGCCCCAUCCUGCCAGGGACCAUGUUGUGCUGAGAACAUGGAGGACCAACUUACCCAGGGGGGCCUGCAUGCUCUUGUUUACCUCUGUGGAUCACGCCCAGGCCCCUGUGAUUGGGGUAAGGGUAAACGUGCUCUUAGCUCGAUACCUGGUGGAGCCCUGUGGGGCCGGGAGAUCCAAGCUCACCUAUAUGUGCCGGAGUGACCUGAGGGGCCACAUACCGGAAUGGUACACAAAGGUAUUUGGGCAUUUGUGUGUAGCUGAAGUGGUGAAGAUCCGAGAUUCUUUCAGUGGUCCAAGCUCAGAUUCCAAAGAUGGGAAAUCCAGGUGACGAUAGACCCACAGGCUGAGACUCUGCAUCUGGCCCAAGAGCACCGAGGGUUUUGUUUCUAGACAAAUGGGCCAACCUUGGGCAGGAUGGAUCAAACCACAAACCAGGAACCAAGCUGGGCAGUAAUCACACAAUAGAUGCAUCACAAGAGCUUAUCUUGACUGGAACACAUGGCCCUGUGGAAAAAUGUCUUUGGUACCAUGUUGAGAUUGCUUCUGCGAAGCAGGACUCUUAGGGGAUAAGAUGAAGAGACUCCCUUCUCCUGGGCUGUUGCCCUUGAGUGGCCCUGGGCUGGAGGACAGGUAGAGCCGCCACAGGAGGGGGUGUCUGGGUGGGGAUAUGGGUGUUUCUCUCCAACGCCAGCAUUGAAAAAUGAGUUUUCGUAGAGAGAUGUGUGUAUGAGCGAGUGUCCAUGACUGAAUGUGGAGCAGACACGGGGAGUGGGCUCUGUGAGGCUGGCAAGCCACCAGAACAGGUGAGAUGUUUCCAUUGUGUUAUCUCUGACCCCUCCAGGGACCAAUGAGGAGUAACCCUCAUGCAUCAGGGGAGUCCAGCAAACUUCCCCAGAGGAUCCGUUUCCUCCCUUUGUCUUUAGGGGAGCCAGAGAGGGAGAUUUCAGCCUGAGUGGACCCCCUUUCAUCCACAUGGUUAGGAGCUGCAUUCUGAGGGUCCCAUCUCUGCAUUGCAGUGAAUCUGCUCUCACCAUGGAUGAUCCCACACUGAAGGUCCUAUCUCAUUCCCAGUUGGUUUUAAGGCAGGAAAAUUAGAAUCCAGCAAUAGGGGUAUUUUGUUUUUUAAAGAGCAGAGGUUAGGAUAAGGAUGAAGAAUAUGCUGGUGCCAAAGCUAAAAUCAGAAUGAGGGCCACACUUUCUGGUGAUUUCUAUCAAAAGGCAAAAGCUUCUCAUCAUAACUAAAGUCCAUUCUAUAUUAAUGUCCACAGCAGAAAAUGUUGAAGGAGGGGGGAGCCCCAUGUCUCCCUAGAAAGUCUGUGCAAACCCAAGGCACCACAAGACGCUGGAGUCUUUUUUGGUCAAGCCCUCCUUGGUGCGCCACCAUUUUCCAUUCUUUCAUCUCUUGGGUUUCCUUGCUCAGGCCAUGAUUCCAAAGAGCUCUUUUAGCCAGGAGCUCCUCCUGCAGGUGCCCAUGUCAUGGUGGGAUCCGUCUCCACCAGCCCUGUGUUCUUGGAUCCCCCUCUUUUGUCCCAGUCAGUCAUGGACUACUUGCAGGUGAGCAUGGUCAGGAAGGCUUGUCCGUGGUUGAUUGUGCACCUCAGUUACCGUUGUCAGUGUUACUUCAGAAGCUCCUCUUGAUGAAGAGACUGUGUGUGUGUGUGCGUGGUUGUGUGUGUGAGGGGGAGCAGAUCAGAUUCAGCCACAACGUGCCGUCAGGGUUCUUGAAUACGUGCUCCUUGUGAAUACCUAGACCUUGUAGAUUCCGUCUUGAACCUCUUCCAUGGAAGAUUGUAUGUUGACCAUACCGUCCCAUUGAGUAACACAGGUAAGGCAUGCUACAGAGUAUUAUUUAAAAUAGACUUGUAUUUAUGUGUCAGACAGUCUUUGGGUUUUAUACCUCAACUCAACACCUUUGUGGGUUUUUUUCCUUUAUUGUAAAUGAAGCUUUUCAUGACGACCGGGGAAGUAAAUGAACAAGGAAAAGAUUUAUAACUCGCUGCGAAUGGCUGUCCAGAAUGUAACCAACAGUUGCACUAUUAAAUGUUUAACACGA